AGGAAUGUUAACAAUGCAGCGAGUGUCCAACUUUGUGCUGAUUUCUGAGAGUGUGGAGAAAAUGGAGGCUGCUUUCAUCACAUCCACUCAGCCCGUCCGCCUCCUCUGAUUCCCCGCGGCCCGCUCUCGGCUCCUCGCUCCGGGGACACGGAACUUUUUUUCCUUGUGGGUUUUAAAAGGCGUCAGUCUGCGGGGAGUCGCUCCACGGACCUGGAGACAUCGAGGCUUCUUCUUCUCACAUGGCGCAGAUUGGCAGCAUCAUGGUUUGGCUCCGCAGUGCCCUCGUGACCGGCUGCAUUUCCUGGAAUAAGCUGGAACCUGAACCUUGAGAGCCGCACCAUGGAAUGUUUGUAGUAUCCCCACAUCAGCCUCAGCCACCCCACCAGCAUCGGCAGGAAUCAGAAACACAAAGAGAGACGCAAACAAAUAAAGGGACACACACAGGGACUCCCAGAUCUGCUGCGGGACACUCUUUAUCUAUUUAGGUCAGCCAGCUUGAAAGGGAUCCUUCGGAGGGUGCAGGGGAGUGAGUGUCAAUUUGUGUGAGUGCAUGUGCGUGUGUGUUUCCCUUUUAGAGUAGGUGCCUGUCCUCGGGCACUGAGGCCAUGAGGCCAAAGACUUUCCCGGCCGCCCCGUACGUGGGCAACACGCGCCAGAGGCUUCAGGAGAUCAAGGAGGGUCUGAAGCAGCCGGCCAAGCUGGUGAGCCAGGCCCUGCAUGGGGGCAGCUCCCGGGCCGACGGCGGCCGAGGGGCCGACUGCAAGAGCGGAAAGGACACAGCAAGCCGGCAGCAGCAGCUCCGACCCCCGCAGAAGUUUAACAACUACCAGAAUGCCCUGCGGGAAAUCCGCAAGUCGCUCAUGCCCUUCGCCAAUGAGUCGGGUCCAUCCUCGGGGUCGGGGCACCCUGCAGGCGCUGGGGAGGUGAACCGGCAGAUGCUGCAAGACCUGGUGAACGCCGGCUGUGACCAGGAGAUGGCAGUGCGGGCAUUGAAGCAAACAGGAAGCAGGAACAUCGAAGCGGCCUUAGAGUACAUCAGCAAAAUGGGUUACCUUGACCCUCGCACUGAGCUCAUCGUCCGUGUCAUCAAGCAGACUUCACCAGGAAAAGCUGGCAUGCCAAACGCUAUGGACCACCGGCCUGCGAUGGAGGCUUCAGGAGAAGCAGCUGUGAUGCCUCCAUACCAUCAGAUGGGGGCUCCCAUGUAUGAGGGGGCAGGGGGAUAUGGCCCUGAGGGUGAGAUGCCCAGACCCUACAUGAGCGCCCCCCCUGUGAUGAACUACAUGAUGCCCCAACCUGGUGCAGCACAGGGCUCUGCCAUGGGAAACCCGAUGGGUAGGCCUCCCAGUAUGGGCACCUAUCCACCAGUGAUGGCCUCCCAAAACAACCCAGCCAACACCAUGUACCCUCCAGGGGGCCAGCAGAAAGGCUACCCUGGGAGUAUGGAGCAGCACUGUCCCAUGAUGAGCUACAAUGUUCCUGGUCAACCUCUGCAACUCCAGCCACAGCCACCAGGUGGCCCUGUUCCAGGUCCACACUAUGACUACGGUCAUGCCAGGCCUCACAUGAUGGAGCCUGCAAGCUAUGGCGUUAAGAGGACCCCCUCCUUCCAGAACAAGAUGGCACCGCCCCCCAUGGCGCCCCAAGACAACUACGUCAACAUGCAGGGGAAAGGGGUCAUGGGUCAAAAUGGAGGAGGAGGAGGGGGAGGGUACCCCGCUAACCUGUACUUGCCUCCUCAUUCCCACCCCCGACAGGCAAGCCCCACCUCCCACCAAGUCCACAUGAUGUCCCGGUCUCCAGGUGGAGUGGCAGCCAUGGGCCCUGACUUCUCAGAUCUGCCGCAGAGCUUGAUGACACCGUCCAGAGCCAGCCUCAACCUGGACCUGUAUGAGCACCACUGGGCAGGGCCCCCAGGCCCCGAAGGGGCCCCUCCAGCCAGGCAACCCCAGCCCCAGGGCCCAUUCAGGGGGGAGGUGCGCGUCCCCAGUAGAACCAACUCUUUCAACAGUCGCUCUGCAGGACCCAACGUUGUCCGGCCUGCGAUGGCUGCACCUCCUGCAGCUGGAAAACAAGACUCCUCCUUGGGCCCACCAAACACCAUCACGGCUGUAACAUCCCCACCUAUUCAACAGCCCGUCAAGAGCAUCCGUGUGAUGAGGCCAGAGCCCAAGACAGCGGUGGGGCCGUGUCACCCAGGCUGGAUGACGGCUCAGGGCCAGGAUGCAGCAGAUUCUCUGGCCUACAUGCCGGAGGAGACUUACCCACUUGAGCCUGCUCAGGAGCAACGCUGCCCACCACCACCUUACCCCAAAAGUCUGCUCAUGUCUGGCACAGCUGGCGAACCAGGGGCCCUGGAUGGAGCCAUGUGCGGAGCUCAGGACCACAGCAACCCUGCAGCCAGAAGCACACACAACGGCAGCGGAGGGAGUGGAAAGGGAGAAGAGAGCCAGCAGGUGAAAGAGAAGACGAAGAUGGGCAAGGGAGAAAAACCUGUGAAAGACAAGAAACAGAUCCAGACGUCACCUGUUCCAGUGAGGAAGAACGGCCGUGACGAGGAGAAGAGGGAGUCGCGCAUCAAGACCUACUCACCUUUCGCAUUCAAGUUCUACAUGGAGCAGCACAUAGAGAACGUGAUGAAGACCCACCAGCAGAAACUUAACCGCAGGCUUCAACUGGAACAAGAGAUGUCGAAGGCCGGACUGUCGGAAGCGGAGCAGGAACAGAUGAGGAAGAUGCUGAACCAGAAAGAGUCCAACUACAACAGGCUACGCCGAGCCAAAAUGGACAAGUCCAUGUUUGUCAAAAUCAAGACGCUGGGCAUCGGCGCCUUUGGUGAAGUGUGUCUGACGCGUAAAGUGGACACGUGUGCCCUUUAUGCCAUGAAAACCCUUCGCAAGAAAGACGUCCUCAACCGCAACCAGGUGGCUCAUGUGAAAGCGGAGCGGGACAUCUUAGCGGAGGCAGACAACGAGUGGGUGGUGCGUCUCUACUACUCCUUCCAGGACCGUGACAGCCUGUACUUCGUCAUGGACUACAUCCCCGGAGGAGACAUGAUGAGCCUGCUCAUCCGGAUGGGCGUCUUCCCCGAACCUCUUGCACGCUUCUACGUGGCGGAGUUGACGCUGGCCAUUGAGAGUGUCCACAAGAUGGGCUUCAUCCACCGCGACAUCAAGCCCGACAACAUCCUCAUCGACCUGGACGGACACAUCAAGCUGACAGACUUCGGCCUGUGCACGGGCUUCCGCUGGACACACAACUCCAAGUACUACCAGAAAGGAAGUCACAUCAGACAGGACAGCAUGGAGCCCAGUGACUUCUGGGACGACGUGUCCAACUGUCGCUGUGGUGAUCGGCUGAUGACACUCGAGCAGCGCGCCAACCGGCAGCACCAGCGCUGCCUGGCUCACUCCCUGGUGGGAACACCUAACUACAUAGCACCCGAGGUGCUGCUGCGCAAAGGUUACACCCAGCUGUGUGACUGGUGGAGCGUCGGCGUUAUCCUGUUUGAGAUGCUGGUGGGACAGCCGCCCUUCCUGGCUUCCACACCCACCGAGACCCAGAUUAAGGUCAUUAACUGGGAGAGCACGCUGCAGGUGCCUGCACAGGUCAAACUCAGCCCAGAGUCUGUCGACAUAAUCGCUCGCCUCUGCUGCUCCGCAGAGGAUCGACUGGGCGCCAAUGGAGCUGGCGAAAUCAAGUCCCACCCCUUCUUCACCCAGAUGGACUUCUCCAGCAAUCUACGGCAGCAGCCAGCCCCCUACCGGCCCAAGAUCGCCCACCCAAUGGACACGUCCAACUUUGACCCUGUGGAGGAGGAGGGCGGCCCCGGGGCAUGGAGUGACAGCGGGGACAGCACCCGAGCUUUGGACAUACUCUUCUCCCCGCAUGGGAAGCACCCAGAGCACGCCUUCUACGAAUUCACCUUCCGCAGGUUCUUUGAUGACAACGGCUGCCCUUUCCGUUACCCCAAGCCGCUUGAGGCCAGCGAGAUGCCGUCGAGCAUCACCGGAGCCAGUGGCAUGGGGGAGGAGGCGGAACAAGACGAGGAGGAGUUGGAUGACGAAGAAGAAGAUGAAGAGGAUGGAGAAGAGCAGGGAGAGGGAUGUGAGCCAGUGUACGUGUAGAGCUGCAGACUGAACUCUUACUCACGUUCAUCAUUCAGCUCGUGACCCUCCCGCCCUCCACCGCUCUUCUUCUGUUUAUGUGUCUCUGUGUGUUUAUGCAUAUCUGGCAUGUGUGAUUGUUAACUUGAGGGAGCGGGAACAUCGCCACCUUGUGGAAUCUAUAGUGCCUCCACCCUGACUUCAAAUACAAGACUCCCCUGAUCCGGGACCAAGAGACAACAUUCAGCACGUCACUGACUGCAUCAAGGGUGAAGCGUAUGCGGUUUGCAGAGCAAGACUCAGACUGUUCAGGUUGCACUGAGAUCCAUGGGAACGUAAGGAUGUCUGGAUCCAAUGGUUCUAGUUAGAGGACUGCUUCUGGUUCUUCCAGCAGUUUCUUCUCCCAUUCCUUCCACCCUUGGUCUUACGGACGAUCGAAACACCUCGACGGUGAUUGUCUGACACGGGAAGUUACUUCCUGUUCUACCUGAGCUGCUUUUUACGGCAAUGUGAAGAGUGGAACUAGUUUACUUGUUGAUCGUGCACGGGGGAAGGGGGGGAUUCGGGUGGGGUGGGGACUAGCGACACACCUCUUUCACAGCUGCUGCAAAAUAAGCUACAAAAUGCAUGCGUGCACGCACCCACACUUAUUCAGUACAGGUCGUGUUCGGGUCACAAAGGAUGAAAGUGCCUCUUGUCUCAGAAGUCGUCUUAGACCAGAUAGACAAACAAAUUCUCCUGAAUUUCACCAACAGAGAAAAGUUGUUUUUGGCGUGAAAGAGAAUUCGACAUUGAAUUUUCUAUUUUUUUAAUAUUUCUGUGCCUUUUCUCUUAAAUUUCUACCUUUGUGACAUGAAAUUUAAAGGAGACAUAUGAUGCUUUUUUCAGUGUUUCUUUCCUGUAGUGUGUUGUAUGUAAAAGUGCUGCAAAGCCAAAAAGCCCAAAGUCUGCAGUAAAGGGAGCUCCUCUCCCCCACAGAGAACACUGCUCCGGAAGGUCCUUAAACGCCUCAUCAGACGUCCGGCUGAUACUUCUGCACCAUUGUGACAUCACAAUGCCCCACAUUUGCAUAAUGCAUGCCUAACAGCUAGUCUGACAUGCCCCCUAACAAAGCCGGGCACAGAGAGAGCGAAGGCCAACAUUUCCUACGCGUUCUGGAAAUAGUUGACCAAUCACAACAGAGUGGGUCAGCUGCCCAAUCAGACUGGGCUUUUUUAGGAGGGAGGCCUGAAAGGGACAGUAGCUAAAACUAAGUGUUUGAGACAGAGGCUGAGAGAGGAGCUGGACAGUCUGAGGAAAGUGACACUCUUUAGAAUGGUCAAACUGAGUAUGAGCAGAAUAUGUCUCCUUUAAAAAGAAAAUAGAAAGAAACCAAACAAAAUAGUUUUUGGUCGUUCUGUCCUCUACAUCCACAGCUGCCUCAUUUUGUGCCAACUGUCGUUAAUGUUUUGUCCUGUAGAUGGAGCCAGAUACUCCUUCCCUCAGAGGAUGCUGUUACAAAUAUCCUCCUUAUUGUGAAAUACUUCCUGUUACUGACUCUCUGUCUGGACUGACCAUUUCAAACGUUACCUCCAGAAAAAAAUCCACAACCUACACAGACGCAAAGAGAGUCUGUAGAGUUUGCUUUGGGCUCUACAGCCAGAUUUCAUUUCCAGUCUGAUCCAAGACUGAACCACUUAUUUAAACCAGAAAUUUCAAUCUCAGCCUCACAUGCAGUUCAUUUCUGCUUGUAAAUCAGAUGAAAAAUACAUUUUUGUUCAUAUGAUCCAUCUUGUUUAUUGAGGGGGACAGAUUCUUUCACGCGUUAGCACAACAGUUUCUCAUGCUUUGUUUGAAAGACUGAUUCACAAAGGCCUGAAACAUCAGCUCAGGUCUCUGACUGAGAAGUACAAACACACACAUACACUCACAUUGACCAAGAUGUACACUUUUACAGCUAUUUCUGAAAGAUCAGCCCCACUGUUGCAUUUUAACUUAACCAGCCUUAUCGGAUCUCUGGAGGCAGUCACAACAACACAAAGCGACGCGUUCUUACAACAGCCAAACAUGUGAUAGUUUGACUAUGUGCAAUACAAAAAAAAUACAUUAUAUAUAGUUUUCUAAACACUUACUAUCUUUUUUUUUUUUGUUGAGCUUUUAGUACUGAAAUGUACAAAUAUAUUGGUUUAUAUAUAUUUUCCUUUUCAGUUACAUCAUGCUGCUUAUUAAUGUGGUUAAUAUUAUUUACAUUAUUAUUAUAAUUGCUAUAACAUGUGUACCUGUUAUUUCCUUUCAAAAGAAGUGUUGGCUCAGUUGCCGUGUGUGCGUGGGUUUUGAAAGUACCGAGCUAUGUGCCUUUUCUAAUUGAAUGUUGGAGUGUGUGUCGCGCCCAGUGACAGCAGGCGACGACGAUGAUCAGCGUUUGCAGAACCUUUGCUCGCUUUGCCUCCUGCGGCCGGGCUGGUCCUGAACGCAGGAGAGAGGAGCGUGGCAAAGGUUUCACGGUUCAGAAAGAGACGAUAGAAGUUAGAGGAGGAGCGAGGCAGGUCGGCUUUAGGAAAUGUAAUUGUAAAAUAAGAAUGAAUUGCUUUCUCUAUUUUACGAACAAACGGUUAAACUUCAGUUAAGAGUUGGUGUUUGGUACAUUUUCUUUAUUUAUCCGAAAUGACCACAAAGUUUGAGUGAUUUUAAACUCUGUACAUUUACUACAGAAUCGUACUACAGAAUCGUUCUGUAUCACUCAGCAGAUGACGCGUCAUCCUACACCUUCAUGCUUAUUGACAAUCAGUAAACGGUGACCGCUCUCUUUGAACUGAGCUGUGCGCUUCAUUAAUACCCAGCCGUUCCAACAGUAUUGUGGAUUUGACUCAAUGAUGGGAAACGCUAAAGAAGUCAAAACUUGUCCAGUGAUUAUCAGAUUCAGAACUGGUUGAAUGAUGAAAAAUGUGUGGAUAAGAUUUGUUACAGAUGAUUUUUUUAUUAUUAUUAUUUUGCUUGACAAUGUAUUGAACGUUCAGCUUUUUUAUGUAAAUGUGCCUUGUGUUCUAAAGUGAGCAGCACAAUCUUUAAAAGAUUUCCUUCUCUACGAUCUCUUCUUCACAGACAUCUGUUAUUACUGUUGAUGUGGGGAAACUGACAGAGCAAAUUCUGUUCCACGUUCUCACUGGCUUUGUUUACAUGCACAAACAUUAUUGUUGUUAUUCUGGUCAGCAAUUUACCUCAAGUAGAGCUAGAAUGGCUCUCAGUAGAGCUCAUACAUCUGCCAACAAUCCCCUUAAUUGUUAUCAAACAGUACGCCAAAUUGCACACAAUCGGAUAUAAGCCCUCAAAAUAUGGCCAAAUUUAUAAUUCGAUUUAAAGAAAUAUAUAUAAAAUAUAUACAAAAUAUUUCAUCAAGUUUCCUAAAUUGUGCCCUGGGAAAUUGGUGAGAAUGUCAAAAUAAUUCCCUAUCUCAAAAUGUUACAGAAUUUGCAGAAAAAAAAUAUUCCUGGAUCCGGCCCUUUUUCAGAUCUGCGCUAAAAUUUGAUGUUUUUCUUGGCCCGUGUCCUAUCGUUCCACCAGGUUUUGUGGACAUUUGUUCAGGAGUUUUGCGUAAUUCUGCUGAAAACAAACCAGCAGACGGGGGCGAAAACAAAACUUCCUUGGUGGAUAAUUCGAGGAUGCUAAGGUUGAGGAAAAGUGGACAAAGCAAUAAAUUAAAGCUACUGCGAUCAAAGACUGAAACGACCUAUCUGAAAGUGGCUUUUUUUCCUUGGGUGACAUGAUAACACCAUUAAAAUGGUGUUUACAGUGACUCUGUUUCAGGAUGGUUUUAUUUGUAGUGGACUGUUUGGAUUUAAUUUCAUAGACCUGAAAGAAUUUUUCAAAUGCGAAAGUGUCUGUAAACACAGCCAGUGUUUCCUGUGAGCUGCUGACCUGAGCCACAGUCUUCUGCAGAUCCAUCACCGAUGGAUGAGGUGCCUUGCUCGUGGGCACCAUGACUGGGACUGUUAAAGCAGGCAGACGUUGCUCUCUCACUCUUCCCCAUCCAGUUGUUUCUGUGAUCCGGUCCAGACGUCCUUCCACAUCUCUAAACCUCUCGUUGACCAGGACAGACUGCUGCAUGAACAAAUAGCUUUAUAACGACUCUGUGCAGAGUGUGUGUGAGUGCCACAAAGUGUGUGAGGUGUUUCCUGGAUGUGUUUUUUUAAGGUUAAAGAGUGAUGACUGACAAUCUUCAACUGACUUGAUUUCUUCACUUGUGUAUCUUUUUCAUUUUGUAUUUUUACUCUAAGGAGCCUCUGCUCAUUUUUGAUGCUUCUUAAUGUAUGAUACAAUUCUGUUACUCUUGAAUUUAUAUUUAUACAGAUAUACAUAUUUUUUGUAUCUUUUUUCCCCCCUUUGUGCUAAUGUUCAAACAUCCAUGUCUACACAGUAUUAUAGAUGAUGUAAUGUGGACAGCUAUCUCUUUUUUUUACAUUUAUGUAUGAACUGAGAAUUUGUAAAAAUGCUUUCACAGUCCUUGUGUGUAAAAUGUAUGUAUAAAUUAAAUUAACCAAUGUGGA